AUGGCGACAGUCCGCGACGGCCAGGCUGCCCUCGCGCUCCGUCUCGCCAGGCAUCUCCUGCCUGGCGGCGGCACCGCCGAUGGCAACAACGUUAACGGCAACGUCGCGUUCUCGCCGCUGUCCGUGCACACGGCGCUGGCGCUCGUGGCCGAGGGCGCGCGCGGCGACACGCUCGGCCAGCUUCUCGACUUCCUCGGGGCGCCCUGGCUUAGCGACCUCGCCGCCUUCGCCGCCCGCGUGGCGGAUGACAUCGUUGCCGACUGGUCGGCCUCUGGCGGGCCGAAGGUUCUGCUCGGCGGCGGUGUCUGGGUGAACGCCUCACGCGGCGCGCUCCGGAAGGCCUUCCGGGACACGGCGGCCGGCACCUACAGCGCGGAGGCCGCCACGGUGGACUUCCAGAAAAAGCCGGAGGAUGCUGCGAAGAUGAUCAACGACUUAAUCAAGAGGGCUACCAACAACCUUGUCGAGUCAGUCAUCUCCGCCGAAGACAUUGUCAGAGCUGAAACGGACAUCGUGCUCGCUAAUGCGAUCUACUUCAGUGGACGAUGGCCCGAGCGCACGUUCCACCCGUGGAACACGAAGCCCGGGCCGUUCUACCGCCUCGACGGCAGCUUCGUCGACGUGCCCUUCAUGUUCAGCGACUGCGACCAAUAUGCCAUGGCCAUGGACGGGUUCAAGGUUCUCAGGCUUCCCUACAAGCAGGGACGGCGCACUGAAUACUCCAUGUGCAUCUUCCUCCCGGACGCGCGCGAAGGCAUCUCUGCCAUGGUGGACGCGAUCACCGCGCUCCCGGGCGCCCUGCGCAACGCCAUACCCAAGAAACGGGUGCUGGCAAUUGUCAAGCUGCCAAAGUUCAAGAUAUCCUACGAGUGCCAGUUCGACAGGGUUCUCCCGGAGAUGGGGCUCCGUCUGCCGUUCUCACGGGAUACGGCGGACCUGCGAGGCAUGGUCGAGACGGACGGCAAAGAUCCGAGCAGGCCGGCGUUCCUGAGCGGCAUGGUCAGCACGGCGGUCGUUGAGGUGAACGAGGAAGGGACCGAAGCAAGUGCGUUCACCACGUGCCUUCGGGGCGGAGGUCUAGGCCCGCAGCCGGGGCCUUUCAAGUUUGUCGCCAACCACCCGUUUACGUUCUUCAUCGUCGAGGAGUGGUCAGGGGUGGUGGUGUUCGCCGGCCACGUGCUCGACGCCACCAUGUGA